AUGAGCGACACCUCCACCUCUUCAAGCAUUGUGUUGAAGGGAUAUGUAAAGUACAGUACUCUACAACAACCAUUGAAAAAGUAUUACUUUGUAGUUGAUUCCGAUCAAUGUAUUCUUUCACUUUAUGAAAAUCAAGGAGAUGAAUCACCAUUUACAUUUAUAUUAUUGACAAUGGUAUCUAGAAUAGAGAAAUCAGAAGAGUAUUCGUCAUCGUCGAGAUAUUGUUUAGAGGUGAUUGAUAGUUCGUGUUCUCCAACACAGACACAUUAUUUGGUAUCAAAGAAACAAGAAUUCAGAGCAUCAUUGUACAGUGCGUUGGCAGAGUGUAUGGAAUCAAGAAAGCAUAUUGGUGGACGAAACGUUACAAAUAUCAAACAUCCACCUUCACCAUCGGCACCAGUCAUUGGAAAUCAUCACCAACCGGCAAGCAAACCACUAAAGAUUGGCAGUCGUUCAUCCACCCCACUUUCAUCUUCAUCUUCUUCCUCUACCUCUCCCAAUUCAUCGGUAUCAGCAUCGGGAUCCUAUGUCAAAGCAUCAUUGUCAGCAUCAACGGGAAAGGUCAAACUUGGAAACUCAAGACCUUCUUCAACAAUAGUUUUGGGUUCUAAAAAAUCUCCUAGCAUUUCAUCUUCUUUAGACAAGGAAGGUGAAGAAGGGAAUGAACAUCAUGAUCAUGAACAUGAACAUCGUGAUCAUGAACAUGAGGAAGAAGAAGUGGAGCAAGUAUUGGAACAAAGAGAUGAGGAACACCAACAAAUGGCAACUGAACAACAUAAUCAUUCAACAGUUGGAGCAGAGGAGGUAUCCUAUCAUGAGCAUAAUCAAGAAGAAGAGGAAGAAGAUGAAGAAGAAGAAGAGGAGGAAGUGGAAGAGAGAAAGGAUGUGGAGGAAGGAUCUAUAAAACAUACUCUAAGUACAAGUAGUAUCAUCAUUCAAGAUAAUGGCAAUGAUGAUGACAAUAUUGAUGGUACUAUUCAAGAGGAAGAAAAGAAAGAUGAAGAAAAAGUUCAAUCGAUAAAUCAAAAAGAUUCAAUGAUAUUCCAAGAUGAAGAGGAACAAACAUCUGUUCCUGUUAGUUUGACAAAUGUUACUUCACCGUUGGGAGGAUCAGGUUUGAUGAUUAGAGAGGUCAAAGUCAAUGAAUUAGAGUUGGAUCAAAUUGUAAAUGAAAUAUCUAGCACUUCUUCAAGUUUAUAUAGUGCUGGUAGUAGUGCAAAUGGAGAUGUUGGAACAACUACUACAACGAUCAAAACAGAGGAAGAAUCUACAGCCGUUGUUGUAGAUCCACCAGGUUACAGUCGUAAAACAAUCACAUCAUUUAGAAAGACACCAUCCACUUCUCCAACAAUCGUAUCAAAUGUCCCCACUCACAGUCCAUCAUCGAUGACAUUAUCCAAACCAUCGGAUUCAGUGUCUUCAUCAUCCUCUCCUAUUGUUUAUCCAAAUAGUUAUCACCAGCAAAACAAUGUUAAUAAUAUCAAUAACAGUCCAGUUUCUUUAUCAUCAUCUGCUGCUCCAUCCAAUUUAAAUUUAAAUCAAUCAUUUAAUAGAAUUGAUAUUAAGCAACAACAACAACAACAACAACAAACAUCAUUGUCAUCAUCUUCAUCAUCAUUACAACAUGUUAUUGGAUUACAAAUGAAUGGAUAUGGAUAUUUUGUGAUUCAAAAUUGUGAUCAAUUUAGAAUGGUGAUUGGGAAAUCGUUGGCAGGUGACCAAUCGUUUGCUGGUGCACUCGUUGGGCCAUUUAAAUUGGAUUGGAGACCAUCCCAGGGUGUUUGGCACAUCAACGAUGAAGGAUCUACAGAGAUUGGACCAUCGACACCUCCCAAAGACGAGUUGGUCAAGCGCAUCAAAGACAAGAUUGAAAAGGCAGAGGCUGGAAACGACAAGAUGCUAGCUGAUCUCUUGUCUGAUCGUUUACGAGUCAUUGAACAGUGUGAAGAGCGAUCAUUUAUUCUAAAGGGUGGUAUUGUCGUUGGUUACAGAAACGAUAAGUGGGAGUUGCUAGAAGCACCCAUUACACUCACCUCUCACAAUGUAUCACCAUAUCACAGCAGUAAUCCAGCAAAUAGUAGACAACAUAGUAGAAAUAAUAGCACAAAUAAUAAUAUAAAUAAUAAUAAUAAUAAUAACGGCGGUGGUGUCAUUAACCACCAUGUACAUAAUAAUAAUAAUAAUAAUAAUAACUCUAAUCAUUCAUCACCGUUACUUUCGUCAUCGUCGUCGAUUUUAACUCAUCAAUCAUUGACAACUAGUUUGUUGACUACUGAAGAGGCACUUUUAAUGCUUCAAAAGGUAAAAGAUGUGGUGAGAGAGAUUGACAAUUACUUUGGUUUCAACACGACGGUUGCUGAAAAGAAGUCGAGAGGUGACGACAUUGUCAACAAGCGCAUUGCAAUGAUGGUGCGUGGCAAGUUGGCAACGGCAAUGGCCAACAUUGUAUCGCACGGAUUCCGAACCACGUCGACUGGAAUGUUUAAGAAACGACAACAUAUUUGGGACUUUAUCGAGAGCUAUAAAAAGAUGACGCUGCACACGUCUGUCUCGGGACUCAGUCUCACCCAGUCGAUCCAGGCAGUGUGCGACGUUGACCGUUUGCACGAUGUGGUCGGAUCCAACUAUGAUCCCAACAUGCGGUUCAGAUCGUUUGUCUGUCAGGGAUUAAACACACACCUCAUCGACCAAUGGCUAUUUAUGCUGCACAAUAUGAAAGAUGCAGUGUCACACUACUACGAUCCCCAAGCAUUCAUACUAAACGAAGAAUUGUGGAAAGCAUUCUGUCAAUGUUUUAUCCCACUUGUCAACCUUCCCUUUAAACUAUCAAUCGAUUAUGAGUAUACCCUUAAACUACAAAAACAACAACAACCAAAUAACCAAAGACAACAACAACAUCAACAACCAAUGUCACAGCAUCAACAACAAUAUAAUUUAAGAAAUAGUCAAAAUCAACAACAAUUUAACCAUGACGGUAAUAAUGAAAUGUUUGGUAAUUUGCGAUCGUCUAUUUCAUCACUAUCGUCAUCCAUCAUGGAAACAUCGUCUCAAGUGUGGUCUGGAUUACCGACGAUAGAUGGUCAACAAAUCAAACAAUCCUUCUCUGACAAUAUCAAUUAUCUCACCAAUUCAAUCAAAUCCAAUGAAUUAUUUAAUCAAUCACAACCAAAGGAUAGAUUACAACAAGCCUAUGCUCAAUCCCAACAACAAAAAAAUAUUAAUUCAAAUCAUCCACAGCAACAACAACAACAACCAAUACCAAUUCCAUCAAAACAACAACAACAACAACAACAACAAGGACAAGGACAAGGACAAGGACAAGGACAAGGACAAGGACAAGGACAAGGACAAUCACCAAAAAUAACGCCAUCAUCACCAUCACAAAGAAAAAAGGUUUCAUUUAAUAUUGGUGAUAAUAGAUCACCAGCACCACCACAUCAACAACAAUCACCAAGACCUGACAACAACAACAAUAAUAAUAUUAAGAAUAAUAAUAACCAAAAAGACAUGACCGAAGAAGACCAAUCAUUGACAGGUGAUUUAUUACAAAAAAUACAAACAACAAUGAAGCCAAUAACCAAAAGUAUAGAAGAAUUUUUUGAUGGUUAUUAA